AUGAAAGAAUAUGCAUUGGUAUUUUUUCUGGUCCCUGCUUUUGCUGUCAUUAAAGGUCCGUAUGAUAUUCCGCCAGAGUUGCCACCUCUCAACGAUGAAAAUUUUUUUGACCGAUCGCAUUCCGAGUAUGAAACCGUUCUCACACGAGAAGACUUUGAGCUUGGUGUUCGUAUCACGGCGGCAAUGGCUCACGACAAUGGCGAUAUUUGGGACUCGGACGCAAUGUACAGCAAAGAUAGAUUCGAAGGAGAUAUUGCUAAUGACAAUCUCAAUGCAUCAACUGUUGAACUUUUUGUGAACGGUGGUUCAGGAAAAACAGAAGACGGAAAAUGGUACAAUGCCAUCAAGAAUAGAUUGCAAUUAUGGCCAGAAGGAAGGAUCCCAUAUACUAUCUCUUCCCAAUACAGUUCAUACAGUCGUUCUUUGAUCGCUGCUUCCAUGCAGGAAUAUGCGAGCCAUACAUGCAUUCGCUGGGUACCCAAAGAAGCAGUUGAUGUCAACUACGUGCAUAUCUAUCCAGACAGAGGAUGUUAUUCAAUGGUUGGAAAAAUGGGCGGAAAACAAUCAUUGUCUCUUGGAUCUGGUUGUAUCCAGAAAGGAAUUAUCCUUCACGAGUUGAUGCAUGCAGUUGGAUUUUUCCACGAACAAUCAAGAACAGAUCGUGACGAUCAUAUCACAAUUAUGUGGAACAAUAUUCAAUCAGGAAUGCAAGGACAAUUCGAGAAAUAUGGUCACGGAACUAUUCAGUCUUUAGGAACUUCGUAUGAUUAUGGAAGUAUCAUGCACUACGGUACCAAGGCAUUCUCUAGAAAUGGACAGCCCACAAUGAUUCCAAAAAAGAAUGGGGCCCAAAUUGGACAGAGAAAUGGAUUCUCAAAAGUAGAUAAAUUCAAAAUCAACACUUUGUACGGUUGCCCAGUAGACGGAGAAAAGCCAACUACUGCUGCUCCAACAUCUGCUCCAAUUGUGGUUACCGUGAAGCCAGUUGUUAUCUCUUCAGUUAAACCACCAAUUGUUCAAACAAUCUCUCCAGCAGUUCCAUUGAAACCUAAUGAGUGUAGGAAUUUGAGAGGGGAUUGUGAUCAUUUGGCAAAACAAGGAUGGUGCAUCAGAAAUCCUGGAUGGAUGCGUGCUAACUGCCCAAUUCCAUGUGGAAUGUGCAUCCCGAUCAAGACAACUCCUCCGCAACCAAUAACAGUACAACCAACAACUACCCCCAAACCACAAAAACCAAUCACCCAACCAAUCAUUCAACCCCUACCACCAGUCCCAGUGCUCCCACCAACUACUCCAGAAGAUUGCGAAGAUCUUCGUGUGGAUUGUCUGGUGUUGGUCUCACAAAGGUAUAACAACUGUUUUUUUUCACCAACUCACAAAAAAACGCUUCAGGUAUUGCAAAAUCUCACAAAACUUCAUGAAAUCGUAUUGCGCAAAGAGUUGUGGAUUCUAGCGGUCAUCAGGUCGCGUUCUCCGGCUCCGACCGUUUCUACCAGCUCGACCACGAAUGCUCCAACAACCAGCACUACUACCGCAACUACUUUCACUGCAACACCACCAACUGGCGAAUGUGCCGACCGCAAACAUUUUUGCUCACACUGGAAAAGCGCCGGAUUUUGUGAAGGCAUCUUCAUGAACUACAUGAAAAAGAAUUGUCCGGCUUCAUGUGGCAUGUGCUAA